ACAGAAGGUAUUUAAGCUGGGGCUGCCUCUCUGUAUCAAUCAACCCACAGGAGGGAGUUGCCAGGACAGCCUCUCUCAUGGACAUAGGAGUGGGUGCCAGUCGUGGGCUUCAUCCUGUCCCUCCACGAGGCACUGUUGACCAUGAUGGUCCCCUCCUCCUGUAUGGCAUUAAGGGAUCUAGGGCAGCCUUCAUAUCUGGCCACCCCCACCACUGUGGGUAAACUAACUCUCGGAGCCUCCUAAUCUGAAAAUAAGGGUAACAUUAGUGGCCACCCUCCCACACCCCAGGGCUGCUGUGAGGUUGAAAUCCAUGAUCAUCCCAGUGGGCAGUUGGCAGAUGGUAUGGAUGUCACUUAUCAGCAUGUGUGAGCUCAUUAGCUACCUGGUCAUGAGCUGUAGUGAGGGGGCAGCCAAGGUGUGGGAGCCUCCUCUGGGGAGGGAGGGCCCAAGGUGGACUGCUGGCCUAGGGGCUCAUGGCUGCCAGGGCAGGAAGGCCCUUGGGCCAAAAGCUGGGUUGGCAGCCAUGAGGGCCACGUGUCUCAAGUCUGCACUCCCCUCCCCAGAUGUGGAAUGCUGUCAAGGCUGUCCUGUUCAGGGCUUGGAAACAAUGGAAGGUGUGUGGUGCUGGAAAGAGCAGGGCAAGACUGCCUGCCCUCUCACCUCCCUCCCUCCCUCUCAGUGGCUCCUGUCCUCUUCCACUCAGGACUGUGUCGUGCCCAGUGCCCUUUGCCACCCAUUCAUAGCCUUGGCGGCCUAAGAAGGGGAGCCAGCGUGGUCUCAGCCCCACCCCGGGGGAACUCAGCCUUCCAUAGUCAGCUCUGGUCCAACCCUCAGCUCCACCACUGAUUAUGAGCUCAGAGUAAGCGAGGAAGAUGUCCAGUCCUGGAGUCAACGGCGACCCCAAGCCCCCAUGCUUGCCUCGAAACGGUCUGGUGAAGCUGCCGGGCCAGCCCAACGGCCUGGGCACAGCCAGUAUCACCAAGGGCACGCCAGCUGCCAAGAACCGCCCCUGCCAGCCACUGCCCCCGCCCACCCUCCCACCACCCAGCCUGGCUGCCCCAAUGCCCCGGGCUGCCCUGGCUGGGGGCCUGUGUCCCCCAGCAGGGCUCCCCCUUGGGGGACCAGCCUCAGCCCCAGUACCCGGACCCCCAGUGGAGCGGCCACCACUGGCCACAGACGAAAAGAUCCUCAAUGGUCUCUUCUGGUACUUCUCGGCCUGCGAGAAGUGUGUGCUGGCCCAGGUGUGCAAGGCCUGGCGGCGCGUGCUCUACCAGCCCAAGUUCUGGGUGGGCCUCACACCUGUGCUGCAUGCCAAGGAGCUCUACAAUGUGCUGCCUGGUGGUGAGAAGGAGUUCGUGAACCUGCAGGGCUUUGCUGCACGUGGCUUUGAGGGUUUCUGCUUGGUUGGCGUUUCCGAUCUGGACAUCUGUGAGUUCAUCGACAACUACGCCCUCUCCAAGAAGGGUGUCAAGGCUAUAAGCCUCAAGCGCUCUACCAUCACUGACGCUGGCCUGGAGGUGAUGCUGGAGCAGAUGCAGGGCGUGGUGCGCCUCGAGCUGUCAGGCUGCAAUGACUUCACUGAGGCGGGGCUGUGGUCCAGCCUGAGCGCACGCAUCACCUCACUGAGUGUGAGUGACUGCAUCAACGUGGCUGACGACGCCAUUGCGGCCAUAUCACAGCUGCUGCCCAACCUGGCGGAGCUGAGCUUGCAGGCCUACCAUGUGACGGACACGGCGCUGGCCUACUUCACGGCACGACAGGGCCACAGCACGCACACUCUGCGCCUGCUGUCCUGCUGGGAGAUCACCAACCACGGCGUGGUCAAUGUGGUGCACAGCCUGCCCAACCUCACUGUACUUAGCCUUUCCGGCUGCUCUAAGGUCACCGACGAUGGUGUGGAGCUUGUGGCCGAGAAUCUGCGCAAGCUGCGCAGCCUCGACCUCUCCUGGUGCCCGCGCAUCACAGACAUGGCUCUGGAGUAUGUGGCCUGCGACCUGCACCGCCUUGAGGAGCUUGUGCUGGACAGGUGUGUACGCAUCACGGACACUGGCCUCAGCUAUUUGUCCACCAUGUCGUCCCUCCGCAGCCUCUACCUGAGAUGGUGCUGCCAGGUGCAGGACUUCGGGCUGAAGCACCUCCUGGCCAUGAGGAGUUUGCGUCUCCUGUCUCUGGCAGGCUGCCCGCUGCUGACCACCACCGGACUGUCGGGCCUGGUGCAGCUUCAGGAACUGGAGGAGCUGGAGCUGACCAACUGCCCCGGGGCCACCCCCGAGCUCUUCAAGUACUUCUCGCAGCAUCUGCCCCGCUGCCUCGUCAUCGAGUAGCGCGGAGCCUCCUCGCCCCCGUCGCAGGAACCCGCCACGCUCUGGGCGGAGACGCGGGGGCACCGCUGAGCCCCAUCUCCUUGCCAUGCCCUCAGGGGAGCCCCCACACCCAGCGCGGGAGCCGGGACAAACCGAGGGAAAGCUCCGCCCCGCUCCCCUCGGCCCCUCCGCUCCUUUCCUGGCCCCGCCCGGGCAGGAAGGGGCGGCGGGCGGGGCCAGCCCCACGCACGCACGCACGCACACUCGGGGAUUUGUGCAUGCCCCUCGUGCCCGUCCUGCACGCCCACCCUCUACCACGCCGCAGCCGCCUCCAUCAUUCGCCCGCCCGCUGGGGGUGGGAGGGCCAGGCCUGAUCCUGGGGUGGGGAAGCAUUUUAAGCUCGCCAGAGGGCCGUCCUUACAGCCUUCCUCGCCACACCCUACUGCCUCUCAGCUGUCCCCCUAUCCCGGGCAGGGCCCAAGGGGAUUGAGGGGGGCUGGGUCCCCCAGGACACAGUGGCCCAGAAGAGCCCCAUGGGUUGCCCGCAUCUUCCACCGCAUCGCGCCUGGAUUCCUCUGAGGGUUGCGAAGGGAAACAGGCCACCGCCAAAGCCAUGGCCCGCUGAGGAGCCCAAGUCCCACUUGCCCUUCCCCCCACCUCAUGCCAGCUUGACCCAAGCAACAGCAACCUCCCCUCUUGCCACUGUGUGAAGCAGUCCUGCUUGCCCCACCCCUACCCGCAGGCCUACAAGUCCUUGGGGCCCUGGCCAGGCUGGGGCAGAACUGGGUUGAGAAAGAGGCAGAGUGGAUGACAAUGACCUUGGUAUAAUCAAAAUUAGCCCAGCCAGCAACAGUCCACCUCAACCCAGAGGUGGUACAGAUAACUUGAGAGACCCCAAACUGGAGCAACCCUCAGGGCCUGCAGGCCUUGGGAGCAGUCCUGUGUGGACCAUACACUGCAACCCCUGUAGCCAGCUGGGCCCAGGCCCCUCAAUGCCAACCACACUUCACCCUGGGCAGGUUACUGUCAGGUGGAAGCCAGAAAAGUGGACCCCAGCCAAGGCUCAGGGUCAGCUCCAGCCAGCGACUGCUAUCUUCCAAGUGGCCCACACAUCCUCAGCACCCAGAGGAGGAAGGGCUCCUUUCUAGCUGCACCCCGACCCAAGCUUCCCAAACUUCUGCUUGCCCACAUGGGCUCUGACUGUGUUCUGUCCAAUCCCAAGACAUUUGGAAGUCCUAGGGGAUGCUGGCACAUCUUGGCAAUUGCUGAGGAGGGGGCUGGGACCCCUUUCCAUUCCAACCUUGAACCCCAGGAGAUACAACACCCACACCUAAUCUUGGGACACCCCUGCCCCCAUCUGGUUGGAAGAGAGUAACCAGUUUCCAGAGAGUGAGAGAGAAAGAGCGAGAGAGAAAGAGCGAGCAAGAGAUGCUACUGAAGCAGAGAAACAGUUCAACAGCCCAAAGAUCUCUCUGCCCCUGGAGUGCCAGCAGGAGGCUCCUGGGUUGAGGUGGUCAGGAGCCAGUUUCUUCAGCCCUUCUUCCCCACGGUUCCCUAGUGGGGAGGUAGCAGCUGUUCAUUUGUCCAAAGUAUUAAUGCAACUGAAGCUGUGAUAUUUCCAACGACUGUAGGAGGAAAAUUUAAGGGGAGAGAGGAAAACAAAACCAACCAACCCCUAAAAUCAUUUUCUUAUUGUACAUAACGACCUCAUUCUCCUGUAUAUGCGGAAGAUAUAACCUUAUAUUUGGUAAGUGUUUCUUGUGCUAUUUUAUCACGUGACCCGUUUAUAAAAAUAUAUAUUAAAAAAAGUUGUAAAAACA